UUUAUCACAGUACGGUCGUAGAAAUUUCGGUAUCAAUGAAAGUGAACCAAGUAGUAUGAUAGUUUAAUAGCGAUUAAUGAAAAAGUCAUUUUCACUUCGUUAUAAGGUACCGAAAAUAGGACAGUCGUGGGGAAAGGCGCACUCAGAUGACGUAAUAUAACGGCAAAAGUGUAACGUCCAAUGACGUAGGAUUAAAAAAAAAAAAACUGAACUGCGAACUUCACGUGGUCAACUCCCGGUCAGGGCAAAACAUCGCUUUGAGUACUAUUUCGCGUGAAAGUUGACGUCCUUUGACAUCCUUGCAAUUGCAAAUUAUGAAAAAUAAUAACAUCGAAUUUAACUGGAAUACGUUAAGUUUAGUUUUUCUUGUUGCACCGUUGGCUGAAAAACGGUGCAGGCGGUCGCAGAGAGGUAACCUUUCACCGGUAUGGCAUCAAACGCCAACACUUUCAACAACAUAACUUCAGCUUCCAAACGCGGCUCACUCGUCGUAACCGACUGGCACCGAUGCAAAGACAGCAAAGAAUACUUCAGCAAGAUCAUGCAAAAGAAGAAACGCAAGAUAUUCGGUCUGCUGGAGUCUCCCGUGAUGCCUCCGCAUAGCCCCGUGGACACAGUCCAUUACAAGAUCUUUCUGUCUGGCAAGAGCGGCGUCGGCAAAAGUGCUCUCGCUGCACACCUGGCGGGCAAGAAAAUACCCAGCAUGCACUACGAGACCACAGGCAUCGAGACGACGGUGGUUUACUGGCCGGUCAAGCUGACAGAAAGCGGCAGAGUCCUCUUCUUCCGUUUCCAGCUGUGGGACUGCGGAGAAAACGCCCUGCGACGAUUCGACCACCUGCUGCCGUCUUGUAAGGAGAAGGCGGAUGCUGUGCUCUUCCUCUUCUCCUUCACCGACCGAACAUCUUUCGACGAUCUCGCCAGUCAAAUUAGCAAGUGGAACGAGUCUUCAGGGGGUCUGGUUGUGACUUUGGUGGUCGGCACCAAAUUUGACCUUUUCAUGCACUGCGACGUCUCCGAAAAGGACGUGAGGGACUUCCGGGAGACGUGGCAGCUACCAGUGUUGCGCACGGGCGGCGGGGAGGCGGGCGACGGCCUGGACGGCGCUGCCCCCCUCCUCAACUGCCUGGCAGAGUCCCUGUGGCACCAGGACUGCGUCGCAGCGAGACACCAAACACAGUUGUGGACGGCGACUUGAGGUGGACCUCAAGGCGUUGGAGGGGGGAGGGAAAUCCGGUUGUUUUGGAACAGGAGACCCUACUGGCCCCCCCAGCAAAAUAUCAAAAGUAUUGCAGGAAAAUCAAGCUGAAUGCCAAGAAGGGGCGUAGUACAGUACUACCUCAGUUCUCGACCACAUAAGUUUCCAAAAGGCGCUUUGAGAAGUGAUGUUUGAAAUCCAAAUCGAUAUUUCCCAUUGCAAUUCAUGGAAAAAUAAAUAAUGCGUCCCAAGCAUUUAAAGAAAAAAAAAGGGCUUUUUAAAGCUUUUUUUCUUUUUUUUGCUUUUCCUGAUAAAGUCCAUAGUAGGAAUACAUGUAUAGCUUAAAUACUUUAUAUCAUGAAAUAAUUUAAAUAUUGUUUAAAUUGUACACUUUAGUAGUAGACUAGGCAAGGAGUGCAUUAUAGUUAAUUAGUAUAUUUUCAUACCUUUUUCCAGACAACUGUAUUCACCUACCCUUUUAAUAUUAUCCAUUUUCUUAGUUGCUUAUCCUCACAAGGGUUCUGGGAGUGCUGGUGCCUAUCCCAGCUGCCAACAAGCAGGAGGCAGGCUACACCCUUAACUGGUUGCCAGCCAAUCACAAGGCACAUGGAGACAAACAGCCACACCUAGGGGCAAUUUAGAGUAUCCAAAUUAAUGUUGCAUAAUUUUGAGAUGUGGGAAGAAACUGAAGUGCCUGGAGAAAACCCACGCAGGCACAGGGAGAACAUGCAAACUCCACACAGGCGGAUCCGGGAUUGAACCCGGGUCCUCAGAACGGCAAGGCCACAGGCCAACGCUUUACACUUGCAACACCAUGUCACCCCUUUUAAUAUUAACAUAUGUAAUAAAAACUUUUGUAAUAGAUUUUCAUAAAAAUAAAAAUUUUGGAGUUCCAACUCACCCAUU